CUUCGCUACUACGUCUUGCCGUGCGCUCCCCGACCCAGUCCCAGCUCAACCACUCCUCUUUCUCUCCUACUACUCCUCUUCCUACCUUAACCAUACUUCUGCUUCUCCUCCUCUCUUCACUCCCAAAACACUCUAUCACACCGUCAAUUUCGUCCAUUCGGUCCUCAAUCUCCAUCCCAUGGCUAAUCUUUUGCAGUCCAUGCCCUAGACUCCAAACCACCCCGUACUCCUUUCCUCAACCACCGUCCUCCGACCGUUCGCUCCGGCAGCGUCCUUGGUCAGAUCGCCCCGUCUGGCGCUGACCGCACGACGACCCAGGACCCUCGAUAUAACGUCCAUGUUUGAUAAUUCGGUGGAUUGAUACCUCAUUCCGUUCCUCAUCCGACUCAAGUUUCGGCUUGCUCGUCGUUGAUAACCUUCGUCCCGCCCAUCGACCGCCGACUCAGGCUCAGAGUCCCAACCUUUCCGUGCCAACUCUACGGAAACCCGCUCAUCGCACACCACCCCAUUUCCCAUCAAACUUCCCUCGCUCGACCUUCCUCCAUUCAAACCCAUCGAAUCAAUACCAUAAAUCACAAUGACGAGCAUGUCUCCCACAAGCGUCGUCAACGGCGGUUCCGCGGCCACCUCAAACCAGGGUAGCGUCUCGCCCCGGCAGACGGUGUCGCCCAAGAACGUCGCAUUUGAACUCCUCUUCACCGAGUCACCGCAAUACAGGGCGCGACUCCCCAUGCGAGUCCAAAUAUAUCCUCAUGACACGACCGACUCCAUUGUUACCACCGUCAAGAAUUUUUACGGUCUGUACGGUGGCCCGACCGGCUCAAAGGGCGUCAGUUUCGAGGACGAAAAUGGUAUAACCCUCAUCGCCCGAUACGAGAACUUCCGCAACAACAUGGUUGUCUACGUCAGAGUCAUUGAGGAGUCCCCCUCUGCUUCUAGCCCCUUUGUGCCGCCCACAUAUCAUAACCCUCCUCCCAGCGCUCAGCAAUAUUUCGAGGGCAACGGGUAUCCGCUGCAGCCUCCACCGCGCUUCGGCCAAGAAAUCUCUAGGCCUUCAUCGAGCACCUCUCGGAGGCGCAGCCCGUCCCCCAAUGCCGGACGCGGCCGGCGUUCCGGAUCUGCCCAUACAAAUUCCAAGAAGGGUCGAUCCCGCUCUUCCAAGAACCGGGACACUGCCGCCGCCAAUGGCCACGCUGAUAUUUACAGUGACAGCGUCAACGGAUACAGCAGCGGUGACGGCGCUCCUGGGUCCAGCUCCAGCAGAAUGAAGGAGCAGAUUGGCAACACCGAAAUCAGCCUCGAAAACAUUGUUGAGGGAGGUCGUCGCAAGCGGGCCAAAUUUGAAAGCUCGGAACUCCCCUUAUUUGCGCCUCCUCAGAUGCCAGCGGCUACGUCGAAUCCGUCCGUAUCUCCUGCCCGCCGCGCCGAGCCUCAGCGAGCCUCUCUGCCAUUUGUCCACCCGGGCCAGAACCCUUUCACGAACCCGAUGCCCCUGCAUUCCCCGCAGAGCCACAAUAAUGGAUAUGCGCAAGGUGGAUAUUAUGCGACGCCGUCGUCUGAACGCCACGGUCGCGGUAGCAUCGGAUACGCUGGACAAACCGGCAACUACAGCGGCAUGAGCGGCAUUCUGCCCACUCCAGACCCCACCGUUGGCAGCUGCAUGUCAGAAGAGGAUAAGGAUGUUGCCAUUCAGCUUAUGCGCCUGGGUGAAAUGUCAAACAUUUCUCAUGGCCGCACCUCUGCGUCCACGCUGGACGACACCUUCAGCGGCCGUGCUGACGCCGCCUCUUCCACUGGAGCCACUAGUGAUGGCGAAAGUGAGAGCGACGAGGAGUCAGCCGCUCGGCGCCAGAAAUUGGAUGCUGCUGGCGUCAUGCGCAAGAUCUACCAGACUACGGAGAGCCACUUUAUUCCCCAGCCCAGUAUCGAAACUCCUGUUGAAGACGUUCGUGUCGAGAAGCCUAUCAGCCACGUCGUCAACGGCGAGGGCAAGCCCGAGGUGCUGAAGAACAAGACCAACCUCCCGGAUGCCAAACCCAAAACACAAUUGCCCAGCUCCAAGCCCAAGGCCAAGGUCAGCAAGGUUCCUCGGCCUACUAUUCCUAAGCCCAAGAAGGCUUCAGCCCCGGCAUCCAUUUCAGCUACCGCUCCCGCCAGCAACGGGCCAAUGUCGCCGGCCUCUCUGCCCCCUUCGCGCAAGCCAUCAAUUGCCUCUGCUGCUGCUGCUGCUGCUGCCUCAGGUGCGCCCGGCGAAGACGAUCAGCUUGAUCUUUCUGCCAAGCCCCGCUGCCAGCGAUGCCGCAAGAGCAAGAAGGGCUGUGACAGGCAGCGACCAUGUGGGCGAUGCCGUGACGCCGGCCUCAAUGCUGAACAAUGCAUCAGCGAAGACGAGGGCAAUGGACGCAAGGGCAGGUAUGGCCGACACAUGGGCGUUCCUAUUAAGAAGGAAGACAUUGUCAACCCUACGCAGCCUAUUCUCCUCCCAGCUGCGCCAAUCGCCACGACGGCCGCGGUUGCCGACAAGAACAAGAAGCGCAAGCGGUAGAAUGGCCGACUCCUGAUGGAGUGAGCGCAGCCCUGCGCAGCCCUGCGCAGCAUCACUCAGAAGAGGAUUGGCGAGUCUAUUUCACAACUCAUUGUCACAAAUUUUUGGACCAUUUCUCUUGCGGCGACAAAGGUUUACCGGCUUACCGGCGUCUGGCGACAAAGAUGUUUGAAAUUGGGCGAGGCGCUCAGGCGGUAUUGUCUCACGACAUGCCUCUCAUCGUCGCAAUUGUCGGAUGUUUGUCACCAUGACCAUCCAACAGCACCGGCAACACGGCAGAGACUCGUUGGUGAAUACCAUUGAGAAUCGCCGGGUGACGCCGGUCGCGCACACUCCUUUUGGCGUUUAUGGUUUCUUUUCAAUGGGAAGCGGUGUUUCUUUAUUUUAUUUACUGGCUUGCGCGCGAUGUUCUUUUCAUUUCCUACUACAUGUCUUUCAAGUUGUGGCGAGGAUGCUACAGUUUUGGCGAAGUUGUGCAACUGUACGAUGUGGUGGAGCGGCUGAAGGCCAGAAAAGCAAGCGAGUAUAUUGGGAUACUUGUGGGCGCGUGCGCAGCGCAAAUGGAUCAGUGUUAGGAUGUGGAAGAUCAAGCUUUCACUGCAAAGCGAAGAUGGAAUUGGGAGGCUACAGGUGCGGAGGAGAACAAAAGGCAAGGAUGGGUACAAUGGCGGGCGAGACGGUUCCGAGGCUCACGCAAUGGUCAAAUUGUCCGGGCGGAAGGUGGAUCGCAUGCCUUGGAGGUUUGUGUUUUCCUAUAUGUGCGCAAGCGACAUGAAGCUUCUCUGCGUGAGCGAGCUUGCUUCUGUUUCUUUAGUUCCUCUCUGGAUGCUAUUUGGAGGCGGGCAACAGGAGAAGAUGCAGCUACGAUACGACUGUUUUUGUUAGUGGCAACGGUUCUGUAGCGAAAGCCAAAGAGAGAAAAAAAAAC